AUGGCUCUUGUUCCUUACGAGGAAAACCCGCUUCCUGCGUUUUCCAAACUCCAUAACUCCUCAGCACAAUUCCGUUUUGCCAACCAGGAGCUCCGUCUGGCUCAGGACUGGAAGAGGCUGGGGGUGGCUGCAGUUGUCUGGGACGCAGCGGUUGUUAUGUGUAUGUAUCUGGAGCUGGGAGCAGUGGAGCUGAAGGGGAAGAAGGUCGUUGAACUGGGAGCUGGGACGGGACUGGUGGGGAUCGUGGCAGCUCUGCUGGGUGCUCAUGUGACCAUCACAGACAGGGAGCCUGCCCUGGAGUUCCUGUCUGCCAACGUUGCGGCCAACCUGCCCCCACCGGCCGGUGACUUGGUGGUGGUCUCGGAGCUGACCUGGGGUCAGGGCCUGGAGCGUUUCCCGGAAGGAGGAUUUGACGUGGUUCUGGGAGCGGACAUCGUUUACCUGGAGGAGACCUUCCCCUCCCUGCUGCGGACCCUGGAGCAUUUAUGCUCGGGCAGCACCGUCGUUUUGCUGGCCUGCAAAAUCCGCUACGAACGGGACGCGCGCUUCCUGAGCAUGCUGAGGCGCAGCUUCACCGUGGAGGAGGUCCACUACGACAAAGACAGGGACAUCCGUCUGUACAAGGCGUCCAGACUCCCUAGAAGAAGGGAUUUAUGACAAGUCAGAUUUAUAUUUUACGAAGCAACCCAGGAGGGUUUAAGAGAAUUUUUUAAAAAAAGGAAGAAAAGAACAAGAACACGUUUAUUUUCAGCUGCCAAAACUCUCAUUUAUAUGGCUCUAACAUAAAUGCACUGUUAUACAUGUUAAUGUUGACAUUUAGAAAAUGUGAAUAAAAAAAUUAAAAAGCAACAUAAAAAAAAAGCAUACCAAUUGAUGACCAUACAUUAAGAGUACAAUAUGGCAUUCUGUUUCAUAAAAAUUACAGCUUUGUUCCGAUUUGGACUCACUUUACAUCGCGUUUUCAGGGUUUCGUGAAAUUUGGACCAAAUCCCGUCUUUAACCAAACAGCCGUCAGCGUUUGGCUCAGGGAGCGGUUAGCUCUGAGCUUCUCAAAUUUCUUUUUUAAAAAUGUCUCGGGAUUGUAAAAGCAAGGAAAGUGCACACACUGCUUUGUUGUCUUACAGACUCCUCAGGUGAGAGGGGGAGACGUGGGCGUCUUUAUUU